AUGGAAGAAUUAUUUACUCUGCCCUUUAAUUAUUUUUAGGUAAAUAACCUUUCUUGGAAUUGGAAAGAAAUUUUUGAACUAAUUUUAAGACUAAAGGAGUUAGAGAAGACAGCCCACCUGGAAUUAGACUUAUCGAUUCAAUUGCAAUUUUAGGUCUCACAUUAAAGUCCUUGCGCAGUAAUUUUUACCUAGAUAUGUUUUUAGAAGGGAAGCAGUCAGGAACUCCAGAAGUGAUCGUUCAGCUCCCACCAACCUCAAAUACAGUGACAACAGGGCAAAUAAACGUAAUUUCCACCUAGAUGAUCUUCACAAGCCAAACUAUUAGUCUAGAAAAAACUCAAGGCAUGCCAAAAUAUUUCUCAACAACAAUUACAAACGAAAAAGGAAUUUUUACACAUUUUCAUUGUCUCAUUACAUAUGAAAAAAUAUGUUUUUUUGUAUAUAAAUAAAUACUUUUUUUCUAUUUUUUUAAAAAAUAAAUUUUUUUGGCUGAUUAAAGGCAAAUUUAUCCAUUUCCUUAUAAAUCCACACAUAAUUGAGAUGUCAAAAAACAGACUUUACAAGCCUAAAUUUUUUGAUUUUAUCCCACGAGAAUAUCCAUCCCCACCAAAUAAUUUUGAGGACUAUUACGUCCCAAUAGCUUUAUGCUUAAUGACUCAUAGCAACUAUAUUGAUUUAUUUCGAAAUAUUUUAGAAUCUUUAUAUCUCCACACUUUAGAUAUCCUUCAAAACGAAAAUAAAGAAAUUUCCCGUCUGCUCAGCUCUACAGAAUUUAUGAAAACCUGCUGCUUUUUGCUUAAUGAUACCAUAAUUCCUCCUCCAGAUGUACAAAUUAACCUGCAUAUAGGAAAAGACCAAAUAGCGAUCCCUAUCGAGAUUUAUUCCCGCUUAUCCCACAAUGAAAGUUGUGUAGCUGUCCUUAUCGAUUUAAUUGAUAUAAGAAACGUCAUUGAAUUUUGAGAAAGCAUUCUGCUGAACAAGCAUGCAUUUUUAUUAUCCUGUAAUGAAUAUUUGUUAUAUUUGGUAUUAGAAGCGUUUAAAAUUUUGCUUUUUCCUAUGAAAUGGACGUUAAGCUAUAUCCCUGUUUUAGCUGAAGGAGGAGUUGAUGUGCUAGGAAUACCAACUCCUGUGCUUAUAGGGAUUAAUAGUGACCAUAUAAGUGCUGAAGAAGCUAUAGAAGCUGACGACUCUGCGACGAUUUUAGAUAUUGACUCAAAUAUAUUAUAUACUUCAGAAAAAUCAGUGCUUUGUGAUUGUGUAAAAGCAAAUAUUUCGAGAAAAAUCCAGCUUGCGAAAGCGUAUUAUUAUGUGAAUAGUGAUAGAUUGAGUACGUUUAGAAUGACAAGUUUAGAAGAAAACCUGGAGGAUAAGCUGUUUGUGAAAACUGCUAGAAAAUUGCUGGAGACUUGGGAUGACACUGAAAGAGACCAAAUUUUUGUUUCGCUGAUUCGGCAUGCAUUUUUUAAUGAAUUUAUUGUAGGGAUUAGCAAGUUUUCAGAUUUUACGUAUUUGGAUACUCAAGAUAAUAAUUGGAAAAUUCAUAAGCAGCUAUUUUUGGAAAAAGUAAAAAAUUGUACUUCUAAAUGUACGAUGACGAAUUUUUGGGGACUUUUUUUAUACAGUGAUUGAUUGAGCUCAAUUUUUAUAAAUUUGGUAUUAAUUUAAGGUUUUUAUUAAUGAAAUGCAUUAUAGAUUCAGUCACAUUUAAUCAAUUUUUAGAUUACUAUGAAAAAUUCGAUGAAUCUCUGCUUGACCAAUUUUUGAACAUAUUAGAAUCCAUCCGCAAAGAAGACUAUAAAAUUUUCACAAAUAAAAAAUGCUAUACCUUGGAUCUUCAAUGUGAAAUUACCUCAAAACAAUUUUACGAAGGCAUUGAAAAAAAAUUAUCAUCAUUUGACCCCUCUGAUUCUGCUCAAAAAUUCGCAAAAAAUUCCUGCCUAGAAAUGCUGAAUGAAAUAAAAGAAAUCUUUGCAUAUUAUCAUAUGCAUUAUGAAAAUCAAUAUUUUUCAGGAAUUCCGCUUAAGAAGACAAGGAGUUUAUUGGCUGGGUCACCAAUUAGUACAAUUGAGGCAAGUUUUGCUGAUGUGUACUAUGGGGAAUUUGGAAUAAUUCAGAUGAUACAAACAUUAAUACAGCCUAUUAUGAAGAAAAAAGAUUUUCGGAAUUUUUGCACAAGUGAAGAAAUUAUUAUGGAUAAUAUUAUGUAUAUCUAAUUAAAAUAAAUAAAGACAUUACUAUUAUUAUAUAAAAAUGUAUGAUAGAAAUACUUCUAUUUAUUUUAAUUAGGCUUAUGAUAUUAAGGUCUCAAGCCAAUGAGAGCCAGUGGUCGUUAAAUUUUUGUAUUUGCUAAAAAAAGACAAAAAAUAUACAAAUUUUCAGCAGUUGGCUGAACUUUGUAUGCAUAUAAAUCUGCUUGAAACAGAAAGGCUAUACUUAUUUAGUAUAGCGAAGUCAUAGCAUUUUAAAAAUAUUUUCUUUUUUAAAAAAAGUAGCUAAAAUUAAUAGGUAUACCUCGACAUCAUGCUUGCAAAAUAAUAGAAAAACUCUACACAGAAGACCCAAACAACUUAAUCCCAUUUUCUGAAUCCCACGGCAAGCUAAAACAGCUAGCAGAAAAAUAUAAAAGAUCAAGAAGAAGUAUGCCUUUUGAAGCAAGACCAUCUACCGUUGAAAACAGUGUCCAAACAAAUCCUUCAAUUUAUAAUCACAGAUCAACUGAAAGUUCUUCAAAAAAUAGAAAAAGUAGAAGCACAGAAAGGUCAAAAACACUAGGUAGUACCAUAAGUCUUAUAGAGAGAAAAGGGAAAAGAAAAAAAACUGAUCAAUCAAGUAAAAAAUUGAAUAAUUAUUAA